AUGGUCAAAGCACGUAAACUAGCAGUGGUAGGAUCUCGUUCGGUGGGAAAGUCAUCGAUGACAGUCAGAUAUGUGGAAGAUCAUUUUGUUGAACUGUACUAUCCUACAAUCGAGAAUCAGUUUUCCAAGACUAUAAAUUACAAGAACCAAGACUAUGCCAUAGAGAUAUUGGACACAGCUGGACAGGAUGAGUUCUCCAUUAUGAAUGAGAAACAUCUAAUAGGUAUUCAUGGAUACUUGUUGGUUUAUUCUGUCACCUCGAGACAGUCAUUCGAAUUGAUCAAGGUCAUUAGGGAUAAGAUAUUGAAUUCAAUUGGUACUGACCAAAUACCAAUAGUAUUGAUUGGUAAUAAGAGCGACUUGAAUUAUCAAAGACAGGUAGAGACAGAGGAAGGCCAGGCAUUAGCUAAAGAAUUUGGUUACAGAUUUUUGGAGACAUCUGUCAGAGAUGAUGUGAAUAUUGAUACAGCUUUUGAGAGUUUAAUAGAUGAGAUUGAAGCCAUUCAAAAUCCAACUAUUAAGCAAGAUGACAAAUGUACCAUAAUGUAA